AUGGGUAAAGAAAAGCAACACGUUAACGUCGUCGUCAUUGGUCACGUCGAUUCCGGUAAAUCUACUACCACCGGUCACUUGAUUUACAAGUGUGGUGGUAUUGACAAGAGAACCAUCGAAAAGUUUGAAAAGGAAGCCGCUGAAUUGGGUAAGGGUUCUUUCAAGUACGCCUGGGUUUUGGACAAAUUGAAGGCCGAAAGAGAAAGAGGUAUCACCAUUGACAUUGCUUUGUGGAAAUUCGAAACUCCAAAGUACAAUGUUACCGUUAUUGAUGCUCCAGGUCACAGAGAUUUCAUCAAGAACAUGAUUACUGGUACUUCCCAAGCCGAUUGUGCUAUCUUGAUUAUUGCUGGUGGUACUGGUGAAUUCGAAGCUGGUAUCUCUAAGGAUGGUCAAACCAGAGAACACGCUUUGUUGGCCUUCACCUUGGGUGUCAAGCAAUUGAUUGUUGCUGUCAACAAGAUGGAUUCCGUCAAGUGGGACCAAAAGAGAUUCGAAGAAAUCAAGAAGGAAGUUUCUAACUUCAUCAAGAAGGUCGGUUACAACCCAAAGACUGUUCCAUUCGUCCCAAUUUCUGGUUGGAACGGUGACAACAUGAUUGAAGCCUCCACCAACUGUCCAUGGUACAAGGGAUGGGAAAAGGAAACCAAGUCCGGUAAGUACUCUGGUAAGACCUUGUUGGAAGCUAUUGACUCCAUUGAACCACCAUCGAGACCAACUGACAAGCCAUUGAGAUUGCCAUUGCAAGAUGUCUACAAGAUCGGUGGUAUCGGUACUGUGCCAGUCGGUAGAGUUGAAACCGGUAUCAUCAAGGCUGGUAUGAUCGUUACCUUCGCUCCAUCUAACGUUACUACUGAAGUCAAGUCCGUCGAAAUGCAUCACGAAACCUUGGAACAAGGUGUCCCAGGUGACAAUGUUGGUUUCAACGUCAAGUCUGUUUCCGUCAAGGAAAUUAGAAGAGGUAACGUCUGUGGUGACAGCAAGAACGACCCACCAUCUGGUGUUGAAUCUUUCAACGCUCAAGUUAUCGUCUUGAACCACCCAGGUCAAAUCUCUGCUGGUUACUCUCCAGUCUUGGAUUGUCACACUGCUCACAUCGCCUGUAGAUUCGACGAAUUGUUGGAAAAGAUUGACAGACGUUCUGGUAAGAAGUUGGAAGAAUCUCCAAAAUUCAUCAAGUCCGGUGAUGCUGCUAUUGUCAAGUUCAUCCCAUCUAAGCCAUUGUCCGUUGAAGCUUUCACUAACUACCCACCAUUGGGUAGAUUCGCUGUCAGAGAUAUGAGACAAACCGUCGCUGUUGGUGUCAUCAAGUCUAUUGUCAAGGGUGCCGCUUCCAGUGGUAAGGUUACCAAGGCCGCUACCAAGGCUGCUAAGAAAUAA